UUUAGGGCAGCACUUCCGAUUAUUAGGUGGUUGGAGGCGGAGCUGCUGGAAUGGGUGCCAGUCACAAGUUCGCCAGAAAACUGCCCAAAUUCUUCCGUUGCUGUCGUUGAGCCGAAUGAGAAGCAUUACUAUCAACCAGGAUUCACAAUGGUCGGCGGUGGUUGGAUGACACUGGAACAGAAUACCAGACUGGAAAAGGAUCUCAUCCAUCCGAACUCGGUUUGGCUUCAUGACCGCGUCGCGAAGUUUGAGCCGAAGAAGAACAUGGUGAAGUUAGGGAAUGGGGAUGAGAUUACAUAUGACUAUAUGAUUUUGGCCACAGGUGUGCAGCUACGAUGGGAUAUGAUUAAAGGUCUACCGGAAGCUCUCGAAACUCCUGGGGUCACCUCAAACUAUUCACCAAAUCACUGCACGAAAACCUUUAAGGAGCUGAGCACGGUUACGUCCGGGAAUUGCGUGUUCACAUUCCCAAAUACCCCACUGAAAUGCGCCGGAGCUCCACAGAAGGUGUGCUACUACGGGGAAGAGCUCGUCCGUAAACGUGGUUACCGGAAACAAACGAAUUUCAUCUACGCCACAUCUUUACCACGGGCAUUGCAAAAAGUGGCUAAAGAGAGAAAUGUCGAUGUACGAUAUGGGCAUAAUUUAAUUGAAGUGGAUACGAAAAAUAAGGUCGCCAAAUUUGAGCUACUCGACGAGAACUGCGUCCCGAAUGGGGGGUUCUCAGAGAUACCCCUACUGGUCAAUCGUCAUAUUCAGUUUUCAGUACUCUCUUCUCAUAUUGGGCCACCGUGCUCCACUCCACAGGCGGUGCGAGAAUGUCGGGAGCUUACUGACGAAAAAGGCUGGGUUGACGUGGAUCCCCAGACGUUAAGAUCGGAAGACUUCCCCAAUGUGUUCGCAGCGGGAGACUGUAUGAACACGGGCAAUGCGAAAACGGCCCGCAGCAGUUUCCAGCCAUCUGAAGACCAUUGA